AUGGCGGAGCAGGCAGUUCAGGAGGCUAUGGCGGGAAUGCAGAACAGACUAGGGACACAUGGUGGAAACAGGCAGUUUCAGGGAGCCAUGGUGGGGACAGAAAUAUUAAUCUGUGACAAACCUUGUUUGUUUUGUGUGUGUUUUGGUGAUCCAGAUGAAAUAUCAGUGAUGGAGGGAGAUUCAGUCACUCUAAACAAUCGUCUUACAGAAAUACUGAGUGGUGAUGAUAUUCUGUGGAGGUUGGAAAAUGAAAAUGCUUUAAUAGCUGAAAUAAAUAAACAGACCGACAGCAUGACUGUAAAUGAUGAUGUUCUUGAUGGGAGAUUCAGAGACAGACUGAAGCUGGACAAUCAAACUGGAUCUCUGACCAUCAGAAACAUCACAACUCAACAUGCUGGACUUUAUAAACUACAGACCAACAAACUGACUGCGAUUUUCAGUCUCACUGUCUAUGCUUGUCUGCCUGUUCCUGUCAUCAGUAGUAACUCUACAAACUGCUCUUCAUCAUCUUCAUCACACUGUUCAUUGUUGUGUUCAGUGGUGAAUGUGGGUCAUGUGACUCUCUCCUGGUACAAAGGAAACAGUGUAUUGUCCAGCAUCAGUGUGUCUGAUCUCAGCAUCAGUCUCUCUCUACCUCUGGAGGUGGAAUAUCAGGAUAAAAUCACCUACAGCUGUGUGAUCAACAAUCCCAUCAGCAACCAGACUCAACAUCUGGACAUCACUCAACUCUGUCACACAUGUUCAGACUCUGUCCACUGUUGUGGUUCUACUGAAGCUGUGAUCCGAUUGGUCCUCUCUGCUCUGGUGGGCGUGGCUACUGUCAUUCUUCUGGUUUAUGACAUCAGAUCCAGAAGAGCUGAGCAAGAUCAAGCACAUCUUCACACAUCAGGAAGUACUGAAAUCUAAAGCAGCUCAUGCUCUCUGCAAUUUUAAGUGUCUACAUUUUUAAAAAUCAAGUUUUACUUUCUAGUACUUUAUUGUUUAUAUUUCCCACAUAUGAGUCGAGACACACAUAUUUGUCUUUAUUACUGCUGUACAUCUGUCAUAUGUAUUUUCUGACCUUUAUGAAUAAAGUUACUCACUCUGAGGUUCAAGAGUCUCUUCAUGUUUUAUUACAUUUAUGAUGUCGAGCGCCUUCUGGAGGAAUACAUUAUGUACAUUUGAAUGAGU